AUGGAUGACCCUGCCAGUCGCGUCCCCGGGCAAUUGCUGCCCCAUAUGCAUCUCGUGUCGCGCAAUCGCUAUCCGCUGAUGCAUAUGAUGCCCACCGAAACCGUCGUCGAAUACCUCCUCUCCGCGCCCAAGAUAGUCCGUGAAGGACAACCGAUGCACUGGACGUUCCUCGAUGGUCCACAAGAUGGCACGGUUAUGCUUACAUGGCAACCUUUGAAUCAUCUGGGGACCAACUUCGCGAGUGAUGGUUAUGUUUGGGCCGACGCCGAGCAGGCAUUUACCUUUGAGGCUCGAGGUUACGUUGUGGAAAUGUGGCUGCACCGUAGUGGCUAUCAUCCUCCCAACGAGUCACUCGCAAUCCAUUCUCGCAGACGAUACCGGCUCCUGCCAACUAAAGUUCCAAACCCCAACCUGCCUCCACCUGAUCCUUCGCUAUGGAUCGUACACUAUUCCCGAUCGCCUCCUACGGAUCACAUUCCCGCAAACCGAAUUCCAGUUCUCCCUCAAAUCCAAGGCAUGCUGGCCCAGCGUCGGUUCCUGCAAAGCCAGGGUAUACUGGCGCGUAAGGACUUCAUGUUGCAUGACCGCAAUAACUGGCCCGCGAUUGGAUUACCACCCCAAAUGGGUGCUCAGCAGGGGUACCAGCAACCCCAGGCGCAAUUCCCGAGUGCAAUGGUCGGACGGCAGCCAUUUUACCCGCAACCCGGCCCAGGUGUGCAGCCUCCCGCUGGUCCAGCCCAGGCAAAAGCGCCUCGUGGGCACCGCGCUUCAUCGGCGGCGGUCAAUGCGGCCACCGCUGAUUUUGCCUUGGAAGACGAAGACGUUUCCGCGGGAGACAUCAUGGAUCUUCUUACGCCUCGUGAAGUGAGCAAAAUGAGGUACCAGCAACACCAUGAAUGGAUGGAAGAAGUUUUGGCCUCGCCGUACGCUAUCAGUCAAAUCACUCCGGUAUCUUUGGGCUUAGGUAGAAAAGGAGAGCUUGAGUCGUUAACUACAGGAUUCUUCGAUGCACCUGUCGGUCCUGCCAACGGAGAGUCGACGGACGGCAAUGAAGCAAAGCAGGCGACCAAACUGGAGCCGGAGAAGGCUGAAGAAUUUGCCGAUCGCGUUGCCAAGAAGGUCGCCGAUAUGACAGCGGAGAUCGAAAAGUUGAAGAAGCGACACGCGCGACGGAUGGAGAAGUUCAACCGUACUUCUUUGCUAAAAGACGCCGAAAUUCGGUUGCGCGAUGCUGCAUCCGACCCGGCAGAUACUGGCUCUGAGAUCUGGAGGCUGGAAGGCCGUAUCGAAAUCCCUACUGAUGAGGAUAACGUGCCUCUUGCGCCGAUAGAGCACAAGGCCAAAUACAAGGUUGGCGAUAUCGUCAAGGAAGUAGAAGACAAGUGGCAGAAGCAAAUUGUACCAGAGCCAAAGGUCUCCUGUAUCGAAAAGGGUGGUCUGCUGGAAAAGAUUGAACCGGAGCAGAAGACAACAGAGGCUGACGUGGAAAUGGAUCAAGGGGACACCAACUUGCUUGACCAGUUCACUACUCAAGGCCAACCACUCGCUACGACAGCCCCAGCCAUAUCUGUCGCACAGCCAACGGCGGGCGUCACCCAGCAGGACCAAUCUUUUGCUGGUUUAGAUAUUGAUAUGGACCUGGGAAACAUUCAACCCACGGGCACCGCCUCAGGCGAGACUGGUGAUUGGGUCAUGGUGAACGACAAAAAGGACGACACUCCAGGUAGCGGCAUUCAGGGUCUAACGCCUGGAAAUACAGGCGCAGACACCGGUCUCGAUGGUGCAAACUUUGACUUCACCAAUAUGGACAGUGCCGGCGACGCGCUUGCUGCGUACACCGAGCAGCACGAUGGCCUGGAUCUCCCUGACUUGGAUAACUCAGCCUUUGGAGACGCGUUCCACGCAUCAGAUAACGAAAACACGCACCAUCAUGAUGCGGAUGACAUGUCUUGA